AUGGACAAGCUGUUUGAUUGUGUCAACGCAUGCACACCAGACCUAAGAAGGGGGAAACCAUAUUCGACAAACAUGACAAAUAAUACACCACAUCUCACACAUUUCACUUUAAUGAAGAAUUUUUUUAAAGAAAUGACGUUUUUGGGGUGCAAACGAGCUCCUCCAUCCCAAGAAGGUUGGAUAUGGUCCAUCAAUGGAAUAGAACGAAUUUGGAGAAAUCUCAGUUCUAAACAUAAAUCAAUAAAAAGUUUGGAAACAAGAAGGCUCCAGCAGGACCCGUUAGAAAAUCUUUUUGGAUGCAUUCGGGCCAAUUGCGGCUGCAAUUCAAAUCCCACUGCUGGGCAGUUUGUUGCGGGUCUUAAAACGGCUGUCCUUAGCAACUUAUCUUUUAUUGGGACAGGAAAUUGUGAAGAAGACCAAAAUCAAGUUAUAUUGACAAAUUUUAAAUCUUUAUUGUCUCCACCCACAGACACACACACUGCUUAUGCUACAAUUUUAACCGAUGAGUUAGAAGAAAGUGUAAAUUCUACAUUUGAAUGUAGCUUGGAAGAAAGCAGUGGCGAAAUACAAGCAUGUGCCUAUGUCUGUGGGUUUAUAGUAAAAAAUAAUCUCAACAAAUGUGAAAUUUGUAAAAAAAAUUUUGUAUCUGAGACACAAGAGAGAUCACAUACUUUUAUUGACUUUAAAGAAUAUAGUGAUCUAAAAAAGGCAGAAGCAUAUAAAAAAAAAUUAAAAGGGACAAUUAAAGUUUUGUUCAAAAACUCAAUAAAUUGGGAGUUUCUCGAUGAAUGUUCAGAACAUAAAGAUAUGAAUAUAGAUUACUUAUUUAAUAGCGUAUUUCACAUUUGUAUGAAGAGAUUUUGUAUUUUGAAAAAUCGGCAAUUUGCAGAAGAGUACUCUGCAUCUGCUCUUAAAAGAAAAAUUGAUAUCCUGCAGAAUAAAUAA